GUAGUACUGUUAAACAAAGCUAUCAAAGGAGAAAAGAAAGAAAAGGGACUCUACAUCAACAGAGGAGGUAAAUACACUACCAUGAUAAUAUUAUUAUAUUAAUAUUGUACAGUGGAACCCCGUUAAUAUUGUCACCAAUGAAAAAUUUUGGCCAUAUUAACGGAUGACUGUAUCAACAAGGGUUUUUCUUUACAAGAAAAUGUCUGGCCGUUUUGCCAUGUAGCCAAAAAACAGUGGCUCUAAUAAUGAGGUGACCGUAUUACCAAGGUGGCCAUAAGGAGGGGUUCCACUGUAGUUGGAAGAGAAUUCUACAUUGGCUGACAUGCUUUCAAAUAUUUCUGCUUCAGGUCACCAGUAGCUAGCUAACUAGUGAUACCCCCCAUGGGAAAACAAGGCUAGGCGUUUUAAUCAUUACAAGUACUGAAUUUGGCAACAGCAGGUUUAAAGCAGUCAUGUCUCGAGGCUAUUGCUUUUUUAGGUCAAUUCUGUGCUAAUAAAAGUCAUUAAUAAGUGUCAUUAUUUUGUGACCAGAUAAAAUGCCAAAAUGCUACUUUAGCAUCAUAUAUCAAACGAAUUUCAUCAGGGAGGACUGACUGUGAUAAUCUUUUGGUGAUUUUAGCGGGCGUAAAGUAGCAUCAAAACAUGAAAAAAUUGGCCCAUUCAUGUGAAUCCCGGCCAUCCGUAGCAACAGACAACAGGAGUCAGUUUCAAUCUCUCAUUAUAAUCUUAAAUAACAAAACUGGACCAUUUUUUUGGAAUUCAAUUGAUAUAAGAUAUGUUUUAUCUUUUUAAAAGGAAGCAUAUAAUUAACGAUUUAUUCCCCAGGCUUAAGUUUGAAAAGUUGAUCCAGUUUUUUUUUUCCAAAGUUUGAUCCAUCUCCCACUUACUUGGAUGGCAUGCAGGUACUUGCAGUGUAUAAGCAGUUUCCAGUAACCUUCAAGUCUUUUUAACGACCAUCUUGAAGAGUUAAACAUGCACUUACAGUUCAGCUAGAGAAGUAGGGUAACCAAGUCUGGACCAUUAUUUUUAAAUCAACACCAAGAAAACACGAUGCACUUCCUUUAAGAACCUUCAUGGCUCACAUGUUUAUCAUAAUCACUUUUGAUUUUGCAGACUGCUUCUUUCGCCUGAAUGAGCUUCACUUUUCCCUGUCAGACUAUCAACAGGCAUUAGAGAUGGACAGCAGUGAUUGGUCUGUCAGGUGCCGACUUUCCAUUGUGUAUAACGAGUUUGGAAUACUGGAGUAUUAUGAUAGGCACUACCUUGAAGCUAUUGAUCACCUUACAACAUCCAUCCAGUACAAUCCUCGGAUAGGUGCCUAUUACUUGUCACGUGCCAGGGCCAGAUACAUGAUAGAGGUAACGAUAAUGAAGGAUUUUUGAUUGAACACAUUUUUCGUUUUAUUUCUGAGACCUUUAUUCGCCACAUGAAGGGAUGAGGAGGCCUGACUAACCGCAAGGAGUGAAGCGCUACCAAAGAGUGGAUUCUUCGGUCCCAUUUAUUGAUGUAUCGUCGCAAUCUAACCAAAAACGUCGGUUUUCCGCCUUCUUCGAAACGUUUUCAGUUACAUCAAUAUUUUGACUAUUGGGUCGUAUCCUUAAAACGGUAUUUUUUUCCCGAAAUUCUGUCUAAAACGUCUCCUACUGCCAGACCUGCUCUGGAGUGUAAUGACUACAUUGAGAAACACGAACGGCAUUUCAAUCCUUCCGAAGCUCUUCUAAGCAUAUGUAAACUGUUCACACUGCAAGCUUCUCUUAUUAUAAAAACUUGUAGACAAUUUUGUCGGUUACAAAUUGGCUUCUACACCAAGAACUUUGCUAAGGGUAGGUGGGUGGGGACUCGUCUUGAUGGAGUAUUCUACCUCCUUCUGGAAGCCACAUCGUUAUUAUUCUAUCAGAAGUUAAAUUUUUAACAGUUUCGGUCUGAAGAUUUGUACUAUAUGCUACCACUGUGGGUUAAGAAAUCGGGAACUAUUAAUUUGCCGGUCAGACAUAAGGUAGUGUUUUAAAAAGAGGGCUGCCUUUUACAGUGAAUUUAAACCACAGAGUAUUUAUCAACUUUUUUCUCCUUCAGGACAUGGACGGUGCUCGGCACGACGUUCUCGUGUCGUUGUAUUUAGACCCCGAGAACAAGGAAAUCGUGUCCAUUUUUUCGAGGCUGUUCCCGGGCCGAGCCAUUACUGACGUCAUGAAGAGUCACAUGGGAAUGGCGGCUGCACGUCAGGCCGAGGCUUCCAUUCGAGAAACAAGUAGUUAUCUGCAACUUUCCCAGCAUGCCACAGGUACUGUCAUUUGACGUUAGGUAUUCAAUUUAAAACAAGGGUCUUCUUUUCUCCAUCAGCUCUACUCUCAAGGCAAUUUUUAUGACCAAGAGUAAAAAAAAUGUAAAGAAAGAUAUUGUUUAUCCUGGAUAAAGUGUAUAAAGGGUUUCGUUUAUCGUUUGUCUCAGGAUUGUCACAUAGAUAUUGAUUGCGACGUGUACACCGCGUUCUGCAGGUCUUCAUCAGGCGAUAGUGUUGAUUUACUGAGUAGAACUAUUUAUACCAGUUAGAACAGUUUCCUCCUCUAAUAAUGCCAACAUUGCUGGAUCAAAACCCACCAACCAUGAGCGAGGUUCGUAAUACACCAAUCACUAACAACCACGGUGGUAUAAAUAGUUCUACUCAGUAAAUCAACACUAUCGCCUGAUGAGGACCUGCAGUACGCGGUCAAUACGUCGCGAUUAAUAUCUAUGUGACAAUCCAGUUUGAGACAAACGAUCAAAGAAACCCUUAUAAGACUAAAAGAAGUCCCAAAACCAGUCUAGCCUCCCACGCAGGCGUUUUUAGGGGAGCUCGUAUUUCGUUGUAGGGAGCGACGAAAUACAAGCUCCCCUAAAAUCGCCUGCGUGGGAGGCUACUGCCAGUUGUAUUGGUUUUGUUUUACUUAAGUGGCUGAUAAAAACAGUGUGAAAUUGUUUCUCCUUGCACAGACUGUGGCAAAGUAGCAAGGUGAUUGUGAACUGACAAAAAACCUCUUUGAAUGGCAUUUUAUAGCGAGCAUAUAGAAGUAAAUGAACAUUAGAAAUAGUAGAACGUUGCAAAAUCUUUGGAACUUUCAAUCAGUAGAAGGCAAGUUAAGUUGUUAUUUCGUGGCUUUGUUUAGGUGCGAAGAAUUCUGAAGCAGCAGCCAAGUUUAGUGGUAAAUCAGUUCUUCCACCGAUUAGAGGUUCCGUGUUUCCUGAAGUGCGCGCAUGUAUGGAGGAACAAGAUUUUCACAUCAGCAUCAUUAAAGGAAAGAAAAAGGUUAGCUGAAUUUUUAGAAUUGUAUUGAGACAUUUUUUGCCAUACGUUAGGCGGUUAGCUAUGAUGAAGUUUUCUUUUCUUUUCUUUUUAUAUUGACAUUAGUAAUGGCAAAUGUCAAUAAGACUGUAUGGAGAACAAUUAAGAGAGUAGCCGGGCGCGCGAGGCCCACUUAAAAUUACUCGCCCGAUUACCCUGAAUUACCCGACUCGAAGUCCUAUUUCCACGAAUAAUAUAAAUUGUGUCAAUAACAAAAUGCGAGAAUUUCAGUAUUGGAAUAUUUAUCAACGUAAAUGCACAAAGUUGUUAUUUCAUUAUCUUACAGUUUCCAAAGCAAUAAUAUCGCAUACAUUUUUCGGCGAGAUCGGAACACGGAGGUCCGACUGAAGAAGAAGCAAGAAACAAGAAGCUGGUACCGCUUCAAGAAAAUUGUUUUAAUUACACUUGUUGUUCUAUUGUAGGCCACCAAAAUAGUACAAAGAGCUUUGAGCGCUCGUCAAGAUCUGAGUUUCAAGGGUCCAAGGGUCCAGUCCAAGUUCAACAGUUCAUCGGUACACGCGGAAAAAAGUGUAGUAAAGUUUGAUGGCUUGACUGAGAAAAGAGCUAAGGAUCAAAAGGCCUUGGUUCAGCUCGCCUAA